GCCCCCUAAGAAUCUGGCAGAGCUUCCUGAGGGGCUUUCAUGGAGAAUCAGUUCUGUAGGGAAGAGUUCCCUGGCAAACACGCUGCUCGUUAAAAAGGUUUCAGGUGCUGCAGGCCUUUGGAGCCAAUGUUGAGUGAACUGAGCAGUAACAGGAACUCUAAAAUACUAACUGUUCCAAUCUGGUGAGUGAUGAAGGAACAGUGGGAGUAGACCCCUUCCUGGUGUGGGUUCCCUGUGGCCAGGUCAGCACUACAUGUCAGUGUUAGGCUAGAAUAUCCAGUGAAUUGGUUGGAGAUGAAAAAUCAUUCUUUUCAUAAAACUGCAGAUGUUUUCCUUAAAUCAUUGUAGCUUCUUCUGGAAAGACUCAAGCUGGCUGGAGUUGCCUGCUCCAUGUUGUCUUAAGGAGUUGGACUCAACUUGGGGUGCAUGUGUACAUUAUGCUCUGCAAUUUUCCUGCUUUCAAAUGUACCUUUUGGAGAUUAUGUGAUUUUUUUCCCCCCUCUGUUUUGGAGACCUCUGUUACCACUAGCCUUCCGUCAUCAAGCAGCAAAGCCCAAAGGGAAAGCAGCAAGAUAGUCUACUCUGGCCACAAGUGUCUGUUCGGGUCACACUUCAGUCGUCUGUUGUCCCCUCUCCCCAGGGGGCUCCGGGACCUUUGGGAUUCCUGUCACAUUCACUCAAGGGCCUGUGAGGACACAGUGGCCCCCUGGGAGUCACCCCUAAGGAGCUGAGCAUGACCCAGGACAAGGCACUGCCGGACUUCCAUUCCGCACAGAGCUUCUAUGAGAACUAUGAGCCCAAGGAGAUCCUGGGCAGGGGAGUUAGCAGUGUCGUCAGGCGCUGCAUCCACAAGCCCACGUGCCAGGAGUAUGCGGUGAAGAUCAUCGACAUCACCGGCGGGGGCAGCUUCAGCUCCGAGGAGGUGCGGGAGCUGCGGGAGGCCACGCUGAAGGAGGUGGACAUCCUGCGCAAGGUCUCAGGACACCCCAACAUCAUACAGCUGAAGGACACUUAUGAGACCAACACUUUCUUCUUCUUGGUGUUUGAUCUGAUGAAGAGAGGGGAGCUCUUUGAUUACCUCACUGAGAAGGUCACCCUGAGUGAGAAGGAAACCAGAAAGAUCAUGAGAGCCCUGCUGGAGGUGAUCUGCUCCUUGCACAAACUCAACAUCGUGCAUCGGGAUCUGAAGCCUGAGAACAUCCUCUUGGAUGACAACAUGAACAUCAAGCUCACAGACUUCGGCUUUUCCUGCCAGCUGGAGCCGGGAGAGAAGCUGCGAGAGGUGUGUGGGACCCCCAGUUACCUGGCCCCUGAGAUCAUUGAGUGCUCCAUGAAUGAUGACCACCCAGGCUACGGGAAAGAGGUGGACAUGUGGAGCACGGGGGUCAUCAUGUACACCUUGCUGGCCGGCUCCCCGCCCUUCUGGCACCGCAAGCAGAUGCUGAUGCUGCGGAUGAUUAUGAGUGGCAACUACCAGUUUGGCUCCCCAGAGUGGGAUGACUACUCUGACACUGUGAAGGACUUGGUCUCCCGCUUCCUGGUGGUGAGCCCACAGGGCCGCUGUUCGGCAGAAGAAGCCUUGGCGCACCCUUUCUUCCAGCAGUACGUGGUGGAGGAAGUGCGGCACUUCAGCCCCCGGGGGAAGUUCAAGGUGAUCGCUCUCACGGUGCUGGCCUCAGUGCGGAUCUACUACCAGUACCGCCGCGUGAAGCCCGUGACCCGGGAGAUCGUCAUCCGGGACCCCUAUGCCCUCCGGCCCCUGCGGCGACUCAUCGAUGCCUAUGCUUUCCGAAUUUACGGCCACUGGGUGAAGAAGGGGCAGCAGCAGAACAGAGCUGCCCUCUUCGAGAACACACCCAAGGCCGUGCUCCUCUCCCUGGCUGAGGAGGACUACUGAGGGGCUGGCAGGCAGGGGAGGUGGGGCGGGGGUCAGGUGGGGAAGGGAGCCACAGAAACGUAAGUCAAAGGAGUGAGUGUGGGCAGGCCUCCGUCCAGAGCAGGCACUGGGCCCUGGCCAGCACCCCUGGAACCGGGGCCACUGUCCCCUCUCAGGGGCAUCACACAGUGGUAAGUGCAGUUGGAGCCAGCCCCACGGAGUGGGGAAGUGGGGGACCAAAUGUGGUCCAGAACCAGGAGCCCGCCUGCCUCUCCACAUCCCAGUCGCAUCGCCAUCUCAGCUUCUCCUUGCGACACUUGGAUGCACUUCCCUUAGGGUCCCAGAGUGAGGACGAAAGACAGAGAACAGUCUGAGGUACAAAUCACAGGAGACUUUACUGACCUCACAACGUCCAGGGACACCACGGGAGCAGGUUCUUCUCUGGGGACAUGCUUUCAGAGGUGUAUGGCAGCCCUGACAUAACGACAAUAGAAGGGGAAGCUUCUGCUA